CGCCCGAGUGUCAUGAUUGGUGUAAUUCUUCGCGGGAAAUUUGCGUCACUGGGGCGAUUUCGCGCCAACUUCAUUGUCCUCGAAGAAGAACAUUGGAGCAGAAAAAAUAAUUCGUGCUCAAGAUGUCUUCGCCAACUUCAACACCAAGUCGCAAGCGGGGAAGAACCAGCAAUCCCUCAACACCUGGCAGUGAGGCCCUGUCCCCUCCCUCUCAGCGGGCCAGGUCCCAGGACACGUCCAUCGGGGACCUGCAGCCCAUGCCCACCUCCCCAGCCACAGACAUAUGCAGUCCCAACCCUCAGGACACGUCUCUCUUCUCCAGCCCUCGGCGCUCAGUGCUCCCCAGUGAAGUGGAUGUGAGCUCCCCGCUGCUUUAUGGGACGCCCAGCUCCCGCGUGGAGGGGACGCCCCGUAGCGGCAUCCGUGGAACUCCGGCUCGCCAGCGCCCCGAUCUUGGCUCGGUCAGGAAGGCCCCCCAGGUGGACCUCCACUCAGAACCUCCCUCUGGAGACAAUGCCGUGGCCAGCGACCAGGCUGCAGGGCAGAGGCUCGUCAUCUGGGGAACUGAUGUCAACGUAGGCACCUGCAAAGAAAAGUUUCAGCGAUUCCUGCAGCGCUUCAUCGAUCUCACCUCCAGAGAAGACGAGAAUGCUGGGCUGGAUCUCAACGAGCCCUUGUACAUGCAGAAACUGGACGAGAUCAGCGUUGUUGGGGAGCCCGUGCUGAAUGUGAACAGUGGCCACGUGCAGUCGUUUGAUGCCGAUCUGUACAGACAGCUCAUCUGCUAUCCCCAGGAAGUCAUUCCUACAUUUGAUAUGGCAGUCAACGAGCUCUUCUUCGAGCGUUACCCAGAUUCCAUGCUAGACCAUCAGAUCCAAGUGCGGCCAUACAACGCCCUCAAAACCAGAAACAUGCGCAGCCUCAACCCCGAAGACAUUGACCAGCUCAUCACCAUCAGCGGCAUGGUGAUCCGCUCGUCCCAGCUGAUCCCCGAGAUGCAGGAGGCCUUCUUCCGCUGCCAGGUGUGUGCGUUCAGCACGCGCGUGGAAGUGGACCGCGGCCGCAUCGCCGAGCCCGCCGUCUGCCGCAACUGCAACACCACCCACAGCCUGGCCCUGGUGCACAACCGCUCCGCCUUCUCCGACAAACAGAUGAUUAAGCUGCAGGAGUCUCCGGAGGACAUGCCUGCUGGUCAGACCCCUCACACCACGGUGGUGUACGCUCACAACGACCUUGUGGACAAAGUCCAGCCCGGAGACCGGAUCAACAUCACAGGCAUCUACAGGGCCGCCCCGAUGCGCGUGAACCCCAGGCAGAGCCAGGUGAAGGCCGUGUACAAGACGCACAUCGACGCCAUCCACUUCCGCAAGACGGACGAGCGGCGCCUGCACGGGGUGGACGAGGACGGCGACCAGAAGCUCUUCACCGAGGAGCGCGUGCAGACGCUCCGCGAGCUGGCCGGCAAGCCCGACGUCUACGAGCGCCUCUCCUCCGCCCUGGCGCCCAGCAUCUACGAGCACGAGGACAUUAAGAAGGGAAUCCUCCUGCAGCUCUUUGGCGGCACACGGAAGGACUUCAGCCAGACGGGCCGCGGCAACUUCCGCGCCGAGGUCAACAUCCUGCUCUGCGGCGACCCCGGCACCAGCAAGUCUCAGCUGCUGCAGUACGUCUUCAACCUGGUGCCGCGCGGCCAGUACACCUCAGGCAAGGGCUCCAGCGCCGUGGGCCUGACGGCGUACGUCAUGAAGGACCCCGAGACGCGGCAGCUGGUCCUGCAGACGGGCGCGCUGGUGCUCAGCGACAACGGCAUCUGCUGCAUCGACGAGUUCGACAAGAUGAGCGACAGCACGCGCUCGGUGCUGCACGAGGUCAUGGAGCAGCAGACGCUCUCCAUCGCCAAGGCUGGGAUCAUCUGUCAGCUCAAUGCUCGUACUUCCGUCUUGGCUGCCGCCAAUCCAGUGGAGUCUCAGUGGAACCCGAAAAAGACCACCAUCGAAAACAUUCAGCUGCCACACACACUCCUGUCCAGAUUUGACCUCAUCUUCCUGAUGCUGGACCCUCAGGAUGAGGCCUAUGACAGACGGCUAGCCCACCACUUGGUGGCGCUCUAUUACCAGAGCGAGGAGCAGAUCCAGGAGGAGCACUUGGACAUGGCCGUGCUGAAGGACUACAUUGCCUACGCCCGCACUUACAUCAACCCCAGGCUGAGUGAAGAAGCCAGCCAGGCACUUAUCGAGGCGUACGUGGACAUGAGGAAGAUCGGCAGUGGCCGGGGGAUGGUGUCCGCCUACCCACGUCAGCUGGAGUCCCUCAUCCGCCUGGCGGAGGCCCAUGCCAAGGUGCGCUUCUGUGAAAAGGUGGAGACCAUCGACGUGGAGGAAGCCAAGAGACUUCACAGGGAGGCCCUCAAGCAGUCAGCAACUGACCCAAGAACAGGAUUUGUGGACAUCUCUAUCCUCACAACAGGAAUGAGUGCUACUGCCAGAAAGAGGAAGGAGGAAAUUGCUCAAGCCCUCAAGAAAAUGAUUCAGGCAAAGGGCAAGACACCUGCCAUGAAAUAUCAGCAGCUAUUUGAUGACCUUCGGGGGCAGUCUGAAGCUGCCAUCACCAAGGACCUGUUCGACGAGGCUCUCCGAGCUUUGGCAGAUGAAGACUAUUUAACGGUCACAGGGAAAACUGUCCGCCUGUUGUAAAAUAAUGCUUUUGUGUGGAGGGAGUGACUAUUUUCUUUAUGCAAAUGUAGUAGCUUGCCCUUGCUGUCUCUGGUGAUCUGUUUGGAUCUAUCUGUUCCUUGUUGAAAAUAAUGAAUGAAUAAAUACUAGUUUGUUUCCUUUUGUAAUGCAAUAAAAUAUAUUUGCCAUUAA